UUCAGUGAUACGAAAGAGUUAGAUGAUAAUUGGAAACAAUCAAAUAGGAGAUAAGUUUAUUUUUCUAAUCAAAACAAUACAUUUGAUUAUAAAGGGGAAAAAGUAGUAUAAUGUAAUGGUUAAAGAAUGUAAAGUAAUAAGUGACAUAGUGGAUUACGUGUUUUACUUUGCGAAAGACUUAUCAGACGUUAGGCUUAAUGUUAAAGUUAGUGAAAAAUUACACAGUAUGAAGUCAUCAGUUGAAUUCAUUUUUUUCUAUUUCGUCAAUUAACAAUUUCCAAAUGUUCCAGAUCAGAUGAACGUCAUUUGGUCUAUUCAUUAUUUUACGUAGGAGUCACCAUUUCUGUUUAUAUUCAAUAAGGAUAAAUAAAUGGAUAGAGCAAGUAAAGCUAUCAGAAGGAGUGGUGUACGUCUAAAAUCUAUUGGAGGAGGACAUGCUGAUUUAAAUAUGGUUAUUUCUGAACUAAAAGAUAUGAGACAAGCUGCCAAAGCUUUUAUGGCUGCUCAAAAUUCAGUGAGAGGAACGAUGGCCCAGAGAAGGAAGCAGGAACGGAAUGGACCAGAGGCGGCGACCCGACAAGUGGACCUGGGUGAGAUGGCCAUCGCCCUGGCCGGACUGUUAGAUUGCCCGGUCUGUUGGGAGAGGGCGACUCCACCCAUCUCCCUGUGUGUCAAUGGACACAUCGUGUGCCCUAGGUGCAGUGGUAGGUUGGCUUGUGAACAAAGAGAAUUGAAAAUCAGGAAAGAACUGAAAAGAGCAGCAAAGAAAGCCACAGAUGAUGAAAUAAAUAAUUUGGAAAUAAAACUGUCGCAGGCAGAAAGAGCAAAAGAUUUAGCCCAGUUAGAAGUGGUGGAACGAGUGUAUGAAAAUGAAGCUAUUAAACUCAUCAGAUUGAAGGAUGGUCUGUUGAAACUGUCAGAUGCUUACAUAGAAUUGGCUAAUAAAAGUGCAAUUAUCUUUGAGGCCCAACGAGAAAUUUCUCACCAGUUACCUGAUGUACAUGGAAGAGAUUUACAUGAAAUCAAAUAUACAGGUACGGGAAUGACUAAACAUGCCGUAGUUAAAGCGCGUGAUAAGGUACAACAAUAUCAACAACUAAACUACAGACUUGUAGCUACCAGUUUAGAAGAUCCACCUCCACCUUAUACUCCUGAACACUAUCAUCCUCUGACUGGAAACCCAUAUGAAGAGGAUAAUCGAUAUAGUAGUCAAGCAGCAGUCAUCCAGAGGCAGAGGGCAAUUGGGCCCACAGUGGAACAACCCACUUGUCCCUCUCCACCUCCACAACAAGAGAGAAAUUCUUCUAGCUUGUACCCUUGGAACGCAGACAUACGGUGGGAUACCAGCAAUAAUUACGAAGAGAGCAUUUCAGAAGCCAUGGGUGCAGCAAAAAUCUGAUCAUCAUCUACGCUAAGUACAGGAAAUCCUGUCAAAGAACUCACCUUUAUCAAAGGUGCUCUGACUAUUAUUUAAAAUAGUUUGAUCACAUAAAAGAAAACAAAAUAUACUUGGAAAUACUUGAAAAAAUUUAUAUAUAUAUAUAUAUGUAUACUUAAUUGAUACUAUUGAAUAUUUUAAAUGCAGACUCAAAAGAUUUCUUCCAUUUGCAUAAGAAUUAAAAUCAUUUAAUGUAAUUUUAACAUUAGUAACGCUAACAUUAGCAGUUACAAAGUGCAUUAAGUACAAACAGUACAAAAGAAAAAAGAAUUUAAUAAAUUAUAUAUCGAGACACCAAUUUAUUUAAUUAUGUAUUUUUGAUUUUUUCUACGUAUUGUAGUUUAUCCAUUUAGAGUACGGUAUUAUCGUGUAGAUAUCAUAAUUGCUUAAAAAGUAAUGACAGUAUUCGGGAAGUUCUCAUCAGUUGUGAAAUUUGUUUCAAAUGUUCCAGAUUUUUUAAUUAGAUUAGGGAUGUUGCAAAUUAUUUUUAUUUUUUCAACAUCAAAAUCAAGUAUUGCCAAUUCCAUUAUUAACAAAAGUAUUGUCUUCUGCGAACAAAAAAAAAUUAAAUGGUUGUGAAAUACCAUUAUUUAUGUUAUAAAGUGAAUUUGGUAUGUAUGUAUGUAUGUAUGUAGUAUAAAUUUAUCCUACUCAUUAUAUUUACAUUUUAUAAUUAUCUUGUUUUCUCUUAUAUUAUGUAAUUUUGGAAUGGUACAUAUUCUCAUCUCUUUUUUCCCUCUACCCUUUUUGCUUUGAAACGUUUCCAUUCGUUAAUUAAAUUGUAAGGCAUUAAACACUGCCACUGUGAUACAAUGUUUCGCGAAUUGGAUGCAAAUGAUGUAAGCAGUGAUUAUUUGUAGUGAAAAAUGCUUAGAAAUAUUAUUUACUGGAAUUAUGGAAAUUAUAUGAAAAAAUAAAUUGAAUUCAAAUUAA